ACCCGGCACGAACUUUGUGUUGCAUGCAAAGUCAUCAUGGCUAGGGGAACGAGCGCAGGUUUUGACCGGCACAUUACAAUUUUCUCACCAGAAGGUCGCUUGUAUCAAGUUGAAUAUGCUUUUAAGGCGAUUAACCAAGGCGCCCUGACAUCCAUCGGUGUGAAAGGUGUUGACACAGCCGUCAUUGUGACACAGAAGAAAGUGCCUGACAAGCUUUUGGACCCCACCACUGUAACUCACAUCUACAGGUUGACAGAGCGGAUUGGUUGUGUGAUGACUGGUGUUGUAGCCGAUGGGGAAUCUCAAGUGCAGCGUGCUCGGUAUGAAGCAGCAAACUGGAAGCACAAAAACAAUGACGAGAUUCCUGUAGACAUGUUGUGCAGACGGGUGGCUGACAUUUGCCAGGUGUACACUCAGAAUGCUGAAAUGCGUCCUCUUGGCUGCAGCAUGAUCCUCAUUGCUUACGAUGAAGAGAACGGACCACAGCUGUACAAGGCGGAUCCUGCUGGCUACUAUUGUGGCUACAAGGCGGCUAGUGUGGGGGUGAAGCAGACGGAGGCAAACAGUUAUCUUGAGAAGAAGUUCAAGAAGCGCCAAGAUUACAAUUACAAUGAAACCAUCCAGUUGGCAAUCACAGCACUUUCGAGCGUGCUUUCCGCAGACUUCAAGCCAUCUGAACUUGAGGUUGGGGUUGUGUCGAAAGAUAACCCCCUUUUCAGGACUCUCACAGAGCAGGAGAUUGAUCAGCAUCUGGUUGCCAUCGCUGAGAAAGACUGAGCUCUUUGAAGCGUUUUAUAACACCAUCAGUUUUGUUCCCGUCAAGCAAUCGAUUAAACCCUUUUGGCUAAACGUGCAGCAUCUUUC